AUGGCUUACGCAGAUGACGCCGUUCGAGCCAAGCUCUCGGCGCUGAACGAAACUCAAGACAGCAUUGUUAGUGUUGCUCAAUGGAUCAUCUUUCACAGACGACAUGCAGACCGUACUGCUGAGCUGUGGCUCGAGAGACUCAAGGACUCCAACCCAGCUAAGAAGCUCAACUUGAUCUAUCUCGCCAAUGAGGUCGUCCAACAAUCAAAAGCCCGCAAAAAGGAUGACUUCCUCGUUGCCUUCAGUCCCAUCAUCGCAGAAGCCACAUCUCUGGCCUACAAAAGCGGCACCCAAGACACUGGCGGCAAGAUCAGACGGGUCGUAGAAGUCUGGCGUCAGCGCAACAUCUUCGAGCUUGCCAUACAAGAUGCGACCGAGAAGCGCCUUCACGAGGUUGACAAGUCACGCACCGCCCGUUCAGGUGGUGCUCGUCUCGGCGGUUCCCUGCUUGGUGGCACUCUAUCUUCCACCUCCUCGUCUUCGGCAGUGCCACCUGAACUGCAGCCCUUGGCUCAGCCACAGACCACUCUCACUCGCUCUAGUGCUGCCGCUCAGCCCUUACUCGAAACCGCCAACACCGAAUUCGCCAAACUGACAGAUCCCAACACGCCUGUGCCUAGUCCUCCCGUCCACGCUGCUCGUCUCUCAUCGCUCCUGAAGACCCUCGCUAGUGCGGAGGGCGCCGUCAAUGAAAGUCUCAAGGCCAGAGCUGAGCUCGUCGCUGGUCUGGAGAAAUUGCUCGAAGCCAACAGAAGCAAGCUGGUCCAAGAGGAGAAGACACACUCGGAACUUUCAACUCGCCGAGCUACCAUCGAGGCGAAGAAGAAGGAUGUCGAGGAUGGCAUUAUGCGUGGCCUAUCCGCUGACGCCUCAGCCGCCGUCUCCUCUGGUGCUUCCGCCAAUCCCGCCUCUCCUGGACAUGACGGCAGCCCCGAGGUCGAGUCGUUCACUCCACCUCCACCAGACGUCGAGAACUUCACCCCCGAUGGAUCUCCCGAGCCUGCAUAUCCUGCCGAUGACAAUGCCUAUGACCAGGACUUCCUAGAGUCGAGCACUUUUGCUGCAGAUCCCAUGCAAGAACAAGAACCGAAACACACCGAACCCGCUCCUUCAUUUGAGCCCCCACCAGCCCUUCAGACUAGCCCGCCAGUCAUGUCAGAGGGAGCUAACAUGCUGCUUAGUAGCUUGACACGUCCCGCUUCCAACAGUCCUGCCGCCACUGCUGAUCCGAGACUGAAGAGGAGAAAGAUGGCCCACAAUUCUGAAAUGGACGAUGAGCUCUUCAGUAAUGGUGAGGGUGUCGGUCUGGACGAAGAUGUCGCUGCCAUGCUCGGAGCUCAGUGA